CUGUUUAACACAUACAAAUGUCUUUUCAAAGAACACGAAACAUCUGUAUGAAAGCAUACGUGGAGCAAAGUACUACAGUUUGAAAUUUAAAGACUCUAGUAAACGAUAAUAUGUAGAAAAUUUAGAAUGACUAGAUCGAUAUCUACAAAACCUGGAAUCCUUAUCAAGUGUCUCCUGUAAUGAUCAAGGAAAUCCAGUGUAGCAUUCUAGUUCAGACUAAAGUUUUGUAAAUUAAAGCAUGGAUGUCUUUUACUCUUUUCUCUGCUUAUGUCAGAAAAACAAGCUAUUUCUUAUUGGAACAUUUUUAUCCCACAUUUUAGUCACAAUGGCUGAAAAUGAUAUUCAGGGGGAAAGAACUGGAAGUUUAAAGAAAUGUAGUGAAUUAUUGUUAGGCCAAUAUUUAUGCUCUAAUCCUGAGAUUGAUCUUGACACUCAACAACCUCUGGGGUGUUCUAAAGAAAAACAAUAUGUUAAUGCUUGGUGUAAAACUGCUCCAGAUGUUGUGUGUGAGGGUCAGUUCAACAAUGGAACAUUUCUAAAACCUGUACCUUGUAAAUGGACAAAUGGACAUUCCUUUGAAACAGCAUUAUUGCUCUCUGUAUUUUUAGGAAUGUUUGGAGUUGACAGAUUUUAUUUAGGAUACCCUGCUAUAGGUCUUUUAAAGUUUUCCACAUUGGGCUUCAUGUUUUUAGGACAACUCAUAGAUAUUUUAUUGAUAGCAACACAGGUAUUAAAUCCUUCUGAUGGCUCUGCAUAUGUACUAGAUUAUUAUGGAGCUGCAACUGUAAGACUGUCUAGAGAGAAUGACACAUAUUUGCUGUUAGAAGAUUAAGGUCUCAUGCUCAUGAAUUGAUGUAAAUAAAAUAUUUAUAUUCACA